AUGGGGAAGCAUGAAAAUGAAUCCUCAGACACGGAAGCAGAUGGAGUCUCUGGUGCGAGAGGGCCAUGUGGUGGAGCUGAGGAGGAGGUUGUGCUCCAGGAUGACGUUUGGAACAGCUGGCUUGAGAGCGGAGAUGGACUUGCAAGGUUGACUGCAGCUGUUAUGCUUUGUAAAGAUAUCCCUGUCUAUCUGUUCUCUACAUAUGUGCCUACCCCAUUUGUGCCAUACGCUGUGAUGAAGUAUGAAGCUGCAGCUGGAGUCAUGAUCACUGCGUCUCAUAACAGAAAAGAGGACAAUGGAUACCAGGUUUACUGGCACAAUGGUGCACAGAUCUCCUCUCCACAUGAUAAGGAGAUCUUGCAUUGCAUUGAGGAGAAUACUGAACCCUGGCCCGAGUCCUGGAAUGAGCACCUAGUUGAAAGCAGCCUGUUACGGAGAGACCCUCUCGAGGACGUCUGCCGCUGGUACAUGGAAGAGCUAAACACUAUCUGCUUCCACAGAGAGCUUAACGCAAAGUCUCCCCUGAAGUUUGUGCACUCAUCUUUCCAUGGUGUUGGUCACAACUAUGUCCAGAGAGCUUUUCAGCAGUUUGGCUUUCCACAUCCCAUCCCUGUUCCUGAACAGAAAGAUCCAGAUCCAGAUUUUUCCACUGUCAGUUGUCCUAACCCAGAGGAAGGAGAAUCAGUCUUGGAGCUGUCCCUUCGUUUGGCUGAGAGAGAAGAGGCCCAUAUUGUUGUGGCAACAGACCCUGAUGCUGACCGCUUGGCAGUUGCAGAGCGGAAUGGCAAUUUUGGUUGGAAAGUGUUCACGGGAAAUGAGUUGGCUGCAUUGCUUGGCUGGUGGAUGUUGUUUAACUGGAAGGAAGCACACCCUGACCCAGCAGAUACUGAGAUACCUUGA